CAGCAUUCACAUUGUGAAUUGAUGCGGUGCAUAGCUGUCAGAAAUUGGUGUCAACUGUAAAGAAUCGAAUUUGAAUUGGCGCCGGAAAAUGGAGUCUCCGCGAGGUUGUACUGACUUUCCUACUCCUGAAAGUCCAAUAGUUACUGAAAAUGGAAGGCUUUGCUCUGUCCCAGUGCGGGAAGUCACGGGAAAUGCCUAUAUACUGGAGUUCUACCCGGAAAUUAACAUUAGUCGCGAAAUGUUUCAUGGUUCAUCGUUGAAAUCUAUGGAUGACAGGCGAAGUCUCAUGAUUCCUGUGAAUGAGCCUCUUAUCAAGCGCAUUACUCGAACUUUUUUCGAAGAAGGAUUAAUGGAAGCACUCGAAGAGGCAGCUUCCCCCCAAAGCUCCAGUAUAAGCCCAGUCACCAGCUCGGUAGCAAAAUACGCCUUGCGUUUGCUUGUACUUUUAAGAAAACUAAGGAGGACCGUUCACCCACACUUGAGGGAAGAGGGAAUCGAAUCUAUUGCUAAAUAUUCGGAAACAAGGGAUUGGCAGAAAAGUUACAUCCGAUGCAUUAGAUGGCAUCCCAACUGCUUCAAAAUAGCCGUCGCUUCCUGUGAUGACAGCAUAAGAGUAUACACUGAUGAGCCGACAGUUGUGCCUAUUUUGAAGAGUGGAACUCAGAAAUGCAUAACAUCGAUGGCCUGGCGCCCCUACAGCGCCGCCGAGCUAGCGGUAGGCUGUCAAGUUGGAGUUCUGCUGUGGUCAAUGGAUCCAAAUUUACAUAUAACUCGACCACUUUCUCAAGCGAAUCUUCUGAAACAUCCGAACUUCAAUCCAGUGACAAGUGUGGAAUGGAGCCCGGAUGGUUGCCUUCUAGCAACAUCGAGCAUCAACGACACAGACAUUUUAAUUUGGGAUGUAGAUCGGUGCAGGAAUGUUCCCCUGAAAAGAGUGGGACUACCAUGCUCAUUUCUGAAAUGGUCGCCCGAUGGUGUCCGCAUGUUCUCAUCAACAGUUGGAAACGUUUUUCGCGUUUGGGCAACGGAUAAAUGGGUUCCGGAACGGUGGACCAUAGCAAAAGGCUCAAUACAGUCGGCGGCUUGGUCCCCUUGCGGCUCUUUCCUGCUUUUCGUGACAACGGAGGAACCGAUCUUGUAUCGACUGCAAUUUGUUGAAGAGCAAAUAUUCACAUCUUCUAGUCUUUCAAAGCAGGCGCUGCCAAUUGCCGAUUUGUCGAAAAUAGAAGUUGGCGUACGAACAGUGGGUGGCAUGCCGCAAUCAAUCGCGUGGGAUCCGAAUGGCCAGUAUUUGGCAAUAAUAUUCAAGGAUAGUCCCAAUGUCGUUGUUUUCGCAACAUCUAUCCACAAACAUCAAUUCAGCAUUUCGCCUUCAUGUUUCAUAACGGGCAUUGGAGUGGAGUUCCCUUCUUAUAUAUGCUUCCAGAGCAAAAAUCGGAAGAAUUCAGAUAGUGUCCUAACAAUCGGCUGGUCAAGUGGACGUGCUCAAUAUUUUCCGUUUGCUAAUAUGUGAACACAAUAUUUCAUGAUUUUAUAUUGUUAUAUGAACGUAAUAAAUAAUUUAUAUUUUC